AACGGUGCCUGCAAUGUGGCCCAUAAAAACAUUCGGGAGCAGGGACGCUUCCUCCAAGACGUCUUCACCACCCUGGUGGACCUCAAGUGGCCCCACACGCUGCUCAUCUUCACCAUGUCCUUCCUCUGCAGCUGGCUGCUCUUUGGCAUGGUCUGGUGGCUCAUUGCCUUUGCCCAUGGAGACCUGGACCACAGCACUCGGCUGCAGCGUGACCCCGGAGAGGGAGCGGUGGGGGCCUCAGCCAGCUUUGUGCCCUGCGUGACCAGCAUCCACUCCUUCACCUCUGCCUUUCUCUUCUCCAUUGAGGUGCAGGUGACAAUCGGCUUUGGGGGACGCAUGGUGACAGAGGAGUGCCCGGCUGCCAUCCUGGUGCUGAUUGUGCAGAACAUCGUGGGACUGGUGAUCAAUGCCAUCAUGCUGGGCUGCAUCUUCAUGAAGACCUCGCAGGCUCACCGCCGGGCCGAGACCCUCAUCUUCAGCAAGCAUGCGGUCAUCGCCCUGAGGGAGGGCAAGCUCUGCUUCAUGCUGCGGGUGGGUGACCUCCGGAAGAGCAUGAUCAUCAGCGCCACCAUCCGCAUGCAGGUGGUGAAGAAGACUGCCAGCCUGGAGGGGGAGGUGGUACCCCUCAACCAGAUUGACAUCCAGAUGGAGAACCCCGUGGGGGGCAACAGCAUCUUCCUGGUCUCCCCACUCAUCAUCUACCACGUGAUAGACAAGAACAGCCCCCUCUACGACAUCUCUCCCCUGAACCUUCACCACCACGAGGACCUGGAGAUCAUCGUCAUCUUGGAAGGGGUGGUGGAGACCACUGGCAUCACAACUCAAGCCAGAACCUCCUACCUGGCAGAUGAAAUCCUCUGGGGCCAAAGGUUUGUGCCCAUUGUGGCAGAGGAAGAUGGGCGAUACUCUGUGGACUACUCUAAAUUCGGCAACACGGUGAAAGUGCCCACCCCUUCGUGCACUGCUAGGCAGCUGGAGGAGGACAAGAGCAUUAUGGACACCAUGCCAUUGUCCCCUAAAGGAACAAUAAGGAAAAGGUCUGUCAAGCUAAAGCCCAAAUUUACCAUAAGCGAUGAGCCUUCCUGA